AUGGCGCUGGAUGGAUCCAGCAGUUAUGUUCCUCCGAGCAACCUAAUGGAGUCACCGAGCUCUUCCCUCCCCAUGUUCGACGUCGAACAGGUGCAGUUGGCUUUCUCCGUCGCUGCGGACUUUGUUGCAGCACAAGUCGCGAACAAUGUACUUGUGUUAGCUUUAUCUACUAAUCGCAUUCUUCGAAUCGAUCUGGACUCCCCUGAAGAUGUUGAAGAUAUUGAUCUCCCCAAGAAAUCCUCCGACGUUGGAGUGAUUCGGCGCAUGUUUCUUGACCCUUCGGCGUCUCACUUGAUUAUCACUACAACCCUGGGCGAGAACUACUACCUCCAUGCCCAAUCGCCGUCGCGACAACCGAAACCUUUGACACGUUUAAAAGGCGUGUCAAUUGAAAGCAUCGCUUGGAACCCCUCUUUGCCCACCGCAUCUACUCGCGAGAUUCUCAUUGGCGCCACCGAUGGCAACGUCUAUGAAACCUAUAUUGAACCGUCCAGUUACCGACAGGAGAAGUACACCACCCCGGUCUACCAGGUGCCAGGCGCCUCUCCUGUAACUGGACUAUCAGCAGAGCCGGUGCCAUCUAAGCCCGAUCAAAGAAGGGUGCUUGUGGCGACCUUUGGGAAGCUUCUGCAUUUCGUUGGCCGAGCGGGAGUGUCAAAACAUGGAAGAGAAAAUGGCGUAUAUUCGGAGCUGUUCCAGCGCGAAACACCUUUAACCCAUGACAUACAAAGGGCAUCUAGCUCGGCUCCAUCUGCUCUUGUGAUCUCGCCCACAAUUUCAGACACCCAUCAGCCCGAAGGACACACCGAAAAGCAGUUUGCAUGGCUCAGCUCCGAAGGAAUAUUCCAUGGCCCGCUCGCGUCAGAGUCACCAUUCAAGACAGCAAAUAUGCUGGCCCGCUCGAUGUUUCCGGCCUCGGAGUCGCCGCGAGGAGGCCGCAAAUUGAUACAGGAUCCAAUUUCCGCUAUGACUUUGUCCCAGUGGCAUGUCUUAGCGCUUGUUGGAGGCCGGGUUGUUGCGGUCAACCGUCUCAGCCAGGAAAUUGUUCACAAUCAACCCGUGUUGGAACCUGGCCAGAGCGCGCUGGGCCUCCUGACUGACCUGACCAAGAACACAUACUGGCUUUUCACCAGCCAGGCCAUCUUUGAGGUUGUAGCAGAUGAUGAGGACAGAGAUAUCUGGAAGAUCUUCUUGAAAGAGCAAAAAUUUGACGAGGCACUGCAGUAUGCCCGCGGUGCUUCCCAGCGAGAUGCUGUCAUGACUGCUUCGGGUGAUUUCCUCGCAGGCAAGGGUAACUUCCUGGAGGCAGCCAAAGUAUGGGGCAAGAGUAGCAAAGGGUUUGAGGAGGUGUGCCUGACCAUGAUCGACCAUAAGGAGCAUGAUGCUUUACGGAACUAUCUCCUCUCCCAACUUGCAACAUACAAGAAGGCCUCACUCAUGCAAAGAAUAAUGGUCGCCAGCUGGCUUGUGGAGUUAUUCAUGUCCAAGUUGAAUUCCCUCGACGACAACAUCGCCACAAAAGCCGAGUUGGCAGAGGGCACAAGCGCCGGAGAGAUCAAGGAUCAGCUUGGCAACAUUCGAGCUGAUUUCCAAAAUUUUGUGAACAAUCACAAAGCAGACUUGGACAAGAAAACGGUAUACGAUAUUAUCAGCAGUCACGGGAGGGAGGAAGAGCUUUUGUUCUUUGCAACCGCGACAAAUGAUCACAAUUAUGUUCUCUCGUACUGGAUUCAGCGCGAGAAAUGGCUAGAAGCUCUCAAAGUUUUGCAGCGGCAGAGUGAUGCGGAUGUAUUCUACAAAUACAGCAGUGUAUUGAUGACACACAAGCCGACAGAUCUGGUUGAUAUUUUGAUGCGCCAGACGAAUCUUGAUCCGGAGAGACUGAUCCCAGCAUUGCUGAAUUACAACAAGUCUGCCAGUGUUUCUUCCCUCAAUCAGAACCAAGCCGUCCGGUACCUGAACUUCAUCAUUGCCAACCACCCAAAUCCAUCCGCGGCUGUCCACAAUACCCUCAUCUCAAUACAUGCCUCCAGUCCCUCGUCUUCCGAGUCUGGACUGCUCACAUAUCUUCAAUCGCAGCCAUCAUCGCCACCUCCCUACGAUGCAGAUUUUGCCCUUCGCUUGUGCAUUCAACAUCAACGAAUCCAGUCCUGCAUUCACAUCUACAGUACAAUGGGACAGUACCUACAAGCUGUUGAGCUUGCCCUGGAACACAACGACAUCGAACUCGCCGCGAUCGUCGCAGACCGCCCGGAGGGCAACGACAAACUUCGCAAGAAGCUAUGGCUUCUCGUCGCCGAGAAAAAGAUCCGCCAACCAGGCACCGGCAUCAAAGACGCAAUCGAAUUCCUGCGCCGUUGCGAGCUCCUCCGCAUCGAAGAUCUAAUCCCCUUCUUCCCUGAUUUCGUCGUAAUCGACGACUUCAAGGAUGAAAUCUGUACCGCCCUGGAAGACUACUCGCGCCACAUCGACGCGCUCCGCCAGGAAAUGGAUAACUCGGCUCUCACAGCGCGCCAAAUCCGGGGCGAGAUCGCUGGUCUGGACACUCGCUACGCCAUCGUCGAGCCGGGUGAGAGAUGCUGGAUCUGCUCGCUACCCCUUCUUAGCCGACAAUUCUUCGUCUUCCCCUGUCAGCAUGCUUUCCACAGUGACUGUUUGGGUCGGGAAGUCCUGGACGGCGCCGGUGGCAAGAAGAAGUAUAUUCGCGAUUUGCAGGCGCAGCUUAGCAAUGGAGAUAUGUCUUCCUCGCGGCGUGAGGAGAUUGUCAAGGAGUUGGAUGGGUUGGUCGCUGAAGCUUGUAUUCUAUGUGGUGACCAUGCCAUUAAGCAAAUUGAUAAGCCUUUCAUCACGAGCUCGGAGAAGGCUGAGGACUGGGCUCUUUGA